GGCGGAGGGUGCUGAGCCCAGCGGAGCCGCGGGGCGGGCGGCUGCUGCCGCUGCUGCCGCGGGGGGAGAGGCUGCGGCGGCGGGAGGGGACCGGCACGCGCGCACGCACGCGGACGGGUGACAGCGGCGGCCGCCGCGAUUCUCCGUCUCCGAGCCCGCGGGCCCCGAUGAGAAGCGCCCCUGCGCUGCCGGACUGACGCCUCGCCGCCCUCCCCGCGGACGAGGAGGAGCGCGGCGCCCCCGAGCGCGGCCGCCCCUGCACCGCCCGCCCUCCCUCCCUCCCGGCGGGGCUCGUCUGCCGCCUGCGGGGCGGGCGGCGCGGCCGUGACAGCGCGGCGGCGGCGAGGCCGGGGCAGCGGGAGCGCCGCCGCCGAGGACCAUGAGGAAAUUUAACAUCAGGAAGGUGCUGGACGGCCUGACGGCCGUCUCUGCCGUCGCCUCGGCGUCGUCCGCCGCGCAGCAGCAGCAGGCGGGGAACCGGGAGACCGAAAUCCAGGAGACGCUCCAGUCCGAGCACUUCCAGCUCUGCAAGACUGUACGCCACGGUUUCCCCUAUCAACCUUCAGCCUUGGCAUUUGAUCCUGUUCAGAAAAUACUGGCCAUUGGGACUCAGACUGGAGCACUAAGGCUCUUUGGUCGGCCAGGAGUUGAAUGCUACUGUCAACAUGACAGUGGAGCUGCAGUAAUCCAACUUCAGUUCCUGAUUAAUGAGGGAGCUCUUGUGAGUGCCUUGGCUGAUGACACCUUGCACCUGUGGAACUUGCGCCAGAAGAGGCCAGCUAUACUUCAUUCGCUCAAAUUUAACCGGGAACGGAUAACAUUUUGUCACCUGCCUUUCCAAAGCAAAUGGCUGUAUGUGGGCACUGAAAGAGGAAACAUUCACAUUGUCAAUGUGGAAUCAUUUACUCUCUCAGGCUAUGUCAUCAUGUGGAAUAAAGCCAUUGAACUGUCAUCCAAAUCUCACCCAGGACCUGUUGUCCACAUUAGUGACAAUCCAAUGGAUGAAGGAAAGCUUCUGAUUGGCUUUGAAUCUGGGACGGUGGUAUUAUGGGACCUGAAGUCAAAGAAGGCAGAUUACAGAUAUACACAUGAUGAGGCUAUCCACUCUGUGGCUUGGCAUCAUGAAGGAAAACAAUUUAUUUGUAGUCACUCAGAUGGUACCUUGACCAUAUGGAAUGUAAAAUCUCCUACCAAACCGUUCCAGACAAUCACUCCACACGGAAAGCAGCUGAAGGAUGGAAAGAAGCCAGAACCCUGCAAACCUAUCCUUAAGGUGGAAUAUAAAACAACUAGAGCUGGGGAGCCUUUCAUCAUUCUCUCAGGCGGCUUGUCAUAUGACACUGUAGGAAGAAGACCCUGUUUAACAGUCAUGCAUGGGAAAAGUACUGCUGUGCUAGAAAUGGAUUAUUCUAUUGUUGAUUUUCUAACCCUGUGUGAAACACCAUAUCCUAAUGACUUUCAGGAACCAUAUGCUGUAGUUGUUCUCCUAGAAAAGGACUUAGUACUGAUUGACCUUGCACAAAAUGGGUAUCCUAUAUUUGAGAAUCCCUAUCCUUUGACUAUACAUGAGUCUCCAGUUACCUGUUGUGAAUAUUUUGCUGAUUGUCCUGUGGAUCUCAUACCUGCACUCUAUUCAGUUGGUGCUCGACAGAAACGUCAAGGCUACAGUAAGAAGGAAUGGCCUAUCAGUGGAGGCAACUGGGGUGUGAUCACUCAGAGCUAUUCAGAGAUCAUUAUUACAGGGCAUGCUGAUGGAUCAAUCAAGUUUUGGGAUGCAUCAGCAAUAACGCUGCAAGUACUCUAUAAGCUAAAAACAGCCAAAGUAUUUGAAAAAUCACGGAAUAAAGAUGAGAGGCCAAACACAGAUAUAGUUGAUGAAGAUCCAUAUGCUAUUCAGAUCAUCUCAUGGUGUGCAGAAAGUAGAAUGCUGUGCAUAGCUGGAGUUUCUGCACAUGUCAUUAUUUACAGGUUCAGCAAGCAGGAAGUGACCACAGAAGUCAUUCCGAUGCUGGAAGUACGUCUCCUGUAUGAAAUAAAUGAUGUUGAAACUCCAGAUGGUGAGCAGGCGCCACCUGUACCAACUCCAGGCACAGGUUCCAAUCCCCAAUCCAUUGUUCCCCAGUCUCAUCCAUCUACUAGUAGCAGUUCAUCUGAUGGACUUCGUGAUAAUGUCCCAUGUUUAAAAGUCAAAAAUUCUCCUCUCAAGCAGUCUCCAGGUUACCAAAUUGAGCUCGUUAUCCAGCUGGUGUGGGUGAGUGGGGAACCUCCUCAACAGAUAACCAGCUUAGCCAUCAACUCAGCAUAUGGCCUAGUAGUUUUUGGAAACUGUAAUGGUAUUGCCAUGGUUGAUUACCUCCAGAAGACAGUGCUCCUGAAUCUAGGCACUAUUGAACUGUAUGGCUCCAAUGAUCCCUAUCGCAGGGAGCCACGAUCUCCCCGAAAAACUCGGCAGCCAUCUGGAGGUAUGCUGACUGUGGCUUCUUGCAUGUGCGGCCUUUCUAACUUAUAUUCAGAGUCUGUGAAAAAGCUUCGCACCUCUUAUAUAACAGGUCUGUGUGAUAUAAAUGAAGGUACGGUGGUGCCAGAAGACCGCUGCAAGUCACCCACGUCAGGUUCUGGUUCACCAAACAAUUCUGAUGAUGAACAAAAAAUGAAUAAUUUUAUAGAAAAGGUGAAGACCAAAAGCAGAAAGUUUUCCAAGAUGGUAACCAAUGACAUAGCAAAGAUGUCCAGGAAGCUAAGUUUGCCAACUGAGUUAAAGCCUGAUUUAGAUGUCAAAGACAACUCUUUCAGUCGAUCCCGGAGUUCUAGUGUAACUAGCAUUGAUAAAGAGUCACGCGAGGCAAUUUCAGCUCUUCAUUUUUGUGAGACUUUCACAAGAAAGGCUGAUACAUCACCUUCCCCAUGCCUGUGGGUUGGAACCACGCUGGGUACAGUGCUUGUCAUUGCGCUGAACUUACCCCCAGGAGGAGAGCAAAGACUUCUUCAGCCAGUAAUCGUUUCUCCUAGUGGAACCAUCCUGAGGCUAAAAGGGGCAAUCUUGAGAAUGGCUUUUUUGGACACCACAGGAUCUUUGGUCCCACCAGCACAUGAAACCUGGAGAGAACACUAUGAAGAUAAAGAUGAAAAAGAAAAAGCAAAAAAGCGACGACCUGUCUCAGUGUCCCCUUCUUCCUCUCAGGAAAUCAGUGAAAACCAAUAUGCAGUGAUAUGUUCUGAAAAGCAAGCAAAAGUUAUCUCACUGCCAUCCCAGAACUGUAUUUAUAAGCAAAAUAUAACAGAGACUUCUUUUGUUCUUCGUGGAGACAUAGUGUCGUUGAGUAACAGUAUCUGCCUUGCAUGUUUUUGUGCCAAUGGACAUAUUAUGACUUUUAGUUUGCCAAGUUUAAGGCCAUUGUUGGAUGUAUAUUACCUGCCACUCACCAAUAUGCGGAUAGCCAGAACGUUCUGCUUCACUGAUAAUGGACAAGCACUCUAUCUUGUCUCACCAACUGAAAUACAGAGGCUCACCUACAGCCAAGAAACAUGUGAAAAUCUUCAGGAAAUGUUGGGUGAGCUCUUCACUCUUGUAGAAACACCAGAAGCACCAAACAGGGGGUUCUUCAAAGGCCUGUUCGGAGGUGGGGCACAGUCACUUGACAGAGAAGAACUCUUUGGAGAAUCAGCAUCUGGGAAGGCAUCAAGGAGUCUUGCCCAGCAUAUUCCAGGACCUGGGGGUAUCGAAGGUGUCAAAGGAGCAGCAUCUGGUGUAGUUGGUGAACUGGCACGAGCCCGGUUGGCACUGGAUGAAAGAGGACAGAAGCUGGGAGAACUGGAAGAAAAAACUGCAGCUAUGCUUUACAGUGCUGAUUCUUUCUCAAAACACGCUCACGAGAUGAUGUUGAAGUACAAAGACAAGAAGUGGUACCAAUUCUGAUGACUCUCAUCAACCACAUCUUUAAUUUUGUCCUGAUGAAAAAAUCUUGUUUUUUCAUUACUUUUGGCAGGACCACUGAAAUUUAAAGGAGUAUUCACCAUCGGAUACUGUUGUUUCCUAGCACAAAUGACACACUGUUUUACCUCAGUCCUGGCUUUAACUGAGGAGCUUUAUAUCUAAGAAACACACACAAAAAAAGAAACUUGAGUGUUUCUUAGCUGUUGGUUAGCAUAAAGUUGAACAGAGAAGGUAGCUGGAACAUGUGGAAAAGAGAGUAAAAGGAAAUCGUGGUGAGAUGGGCAGGGGCAAUGCAGGGUCAAUCCUGUGUUAAUAUUUCAUAUGCCAAAAGUUUUUGUGCUAUUGUAAUUGCUGCCAGUGUUAUACCCUCCUGUAAGGAGAGGCAAUAAAUCAGGGGUCCAAGAGCUGGAAUCAAGCUGUUUGUCUUGCUGGACAGUAGCUGACUUACAAUUACCCUCUCUAGGACUCUGUAUUUACCAUUAUUGUUGAAGAAGAGCUGAAGUUUCCUGUCACUUCAUUCAUUUUAAAAGCUGGAAGCUUGGAAGAUUUCUUAUUGAAAAUUGUAUACAUAGUUGACCUGUGCAUAGUCUUUUCUUGGACCCCUGAUCUAGUAUUCUUGUAUUCACAUCAUAUUGUGUGACGUGCAAAACAAAAGAAUACGUAAUUUUUGCAUUAAAAAGUCAAGUGAAUAAUAUGA